AUGUUCUCCUCUUUCACUUUUGUCACAGCGCUUUUGGUCACUACAGUUGGUGUCGUCGCCAACCCCGUAGCGAUUCCUGGACCCCAACCAACGCCACCACCGAGCUUGAAAAAUGCCGUUGCUAAGAACUCUACAUCAUGUACUUUCAGUGGCCCGAAUGGAUAUUCUCUAGCUUCAGCCUCUAAAACCUCAUGUGCUACCAUUGUACUUUCCUCUCUCACUGUUCCAUCCGGAGUCACACUAAAUCUCGAAAACCUCAACGAUGGGACUACCGUCGUGUUUCAAGGGACGACGACGUGGGGAUACAAGGAAUGGGAGGGUUCAUUGGUGUCGAUUAGUGGAAACAAGAUCACUAUCAAAGGAGACCCUGGGUCAGUGCUCGAUGGACAAGGAGCUCUCUGGUGGGACGGUCUCGGCGGAAACGGCGGAAAAAUCAAACCCAAAUUCUUCAGGGCAAACAACCUAACCGACUCUCUCAUCCAAGGCAUCACCAUCAAAAACGCCCCCAAGAACUCCUUCAGCCUAAACCACGUCACAAGACUCACCAUCAAAGACGUCGUCGUCGACGAUUCCGCCGGAAACUACGCAACAGGCGGUCACAACACCGACGGUUUCAACAUCAACAACGCAGACCAGGUCUAUUUCAACGGAGUCAAGGUCUGGAAUCAAGACGACUGCAUGAACGUCAAUAGCGGGACUAACAUCUACUGGACCAACGGGUUUUGCUCAGGCGGCCACGGCCUCUCAAUUGGAUCCGUUGCAAACGGCUCGGUGGUUCGGAAUAUCACGUUUGAGAAUACUGUGUUAGAGAAACAGCAGCAGUCUAUCCGAAUCAAGACCGUUUCUGGGGCUGUAGCUAGCGUGUCGGAUAUUUAUUACCGGAACAUCGUCUUCAAUGGUGGGACGUCUUAUGGGAUUAUUGUUGAUCAGUCGUAUGGUGGGACGAAGCAUAAGCCGACGAAUGGUGUGCCGAUCAAGAAUUUCCAAUUGAAGAAUGUUAAGGGGACGGUGGAUAGUGGUGCUACGCCGAUUUUGGUGGAGUGUGGGGUUGGAAGUUGUACGGAUUGGGUGUGGGAGGGUGUGAAGGUUACGGGAGGGAAGAAGUCGACUGCGUGUUUGAACCUGCCGAGUGGGAUUUCCUGCUAG